AUGCCGUUGUCGAGCCAUUUGUACUGGAAAUUGGGGUUCGAGAAGAACUCGUACGACGAUUUUGGGUCAAACAAGGCCAGGUUUAGCAUCAGAAUGCCCUUCCAACCGUCGUCCAAGUUUGCAACCACAGAGCCAAGCUGCUCGUUCCACUCUUCCUGGACAAACUGCGGGUUUCUAAUGAACGACGAUAUUGGUGUGAUUGGAAGCAUGUGGAUCCCGUGGAUGUACUCCUUGUUCAUACCAAAAUAG